AUGGGAGCCUGCAGCUCUUUCAUCCCGAAUGAAGAAGCACAGGAGAAGGCGAUAGCUAUCAAGAGAAGCAGGUCGGUCAAUUGCGAGAAUCGAACUUAAAAUGUCAUUUUUCAGAGAAAUCGAGUUGACACUUGUGAAAAAGAAGAAGGCGGGAGUCCUCGAGCAAUCGCUUCUACUGUUGGGUCCCGGGGAAAGCGGAAAGAGCACAGUCUUCAAGCAAAUUAGGUGCGUUUCCGUCCAAUGUAUUCCACCUGCCAAACACCCCCGGGCUUCUCUUUUCUGUUGAAAUGAUCUCUCCUCGCUCCAAAAUAUCACGGGCCGUGAAUUCGCGCGUGAAGAAUGCUAAUUAGAAGCCCAGAAAGGGUACGUAUUACGACACGACGUCAUAGAUUUUCAGGGCAAUGAGCGGCAGCUACACCAAGCACGAAUUGCAGGAGAAGAAACUUCAGAUCAUGCAGAACAUUUGUGCGUUCACGAGAAUCCUUUUGGAUUACGCCAGAGACAAUUGCCUCGAUUUUCGACCAGAAGACGCGGAAGUGAGAGAGAAAGGGAUAGAAAAUGAGACAGAAAAAUGAUUCAGCUCUUCGAAAGAAUGUACUACAAGCUGCGGUCGUUCAUUGAGAAGGGACUUGAUCUGAAGCCGGAUAUAGUGGACGGUCUCAAAAAGUUCUGGGACACGAAGGCCAUUCAGCAGGCGUACGACAAGCGGUACACUUUCCAUUUGACUGACAGCGCUGCCUAGUGGGUUUCCAUACCUCAGGCGUAUGUGAAUCCAACUUUUUGUAGCUUCUUUGAAAACUUGGACCGGAUAAAGGAGCCUGACUACGAACCGACGAACCAAGAUAUUGUGCACAUCCGAAUGCCGACCGUGGGCGUCGUCGAGGCCGAUAUCCUUCUGAAAAACAUCAAACUUUCGAUUACGGACUGUGGAGGGCAACGCUCCGAACGAAAGAAAGUCAGUUUGAGAGCGAACAUGUGACAGACAAUCAGCGAUCGAAUUAUUUCAGUGGCUAAAGUACUUUGAAGACGUACAACUCGUUCUCUUCGUCGCUGCGAUCAGUGAGUACGAUCAGAGAUUGGCAGAGGACAACGAUACGGUAAGUGAAGAGAUUACAAGGUCAUUUACGAUGGAAACUGAAUUCAGAACCGAGUCGAAGAAGCUUUGCGGCUGUUUUGGACAUUGUUCAGCAACAAACGGUACUUCCAAAAAUCGACAAUCAUUCUUUUUCUCAACAAAAAUGACAUCUUCAAAGAGAAAGUCAAAACCGUCCCGAUCAAAAAGUACUUCCCAAAGUUUGAAGGUAAUUCAUGAACUCAAAAGUUCCCGGCCCCCAACUUCUUCAUCUUUAAGGCGAAAACACUUACUCAGCCGGUGUGAAGUUCUUCCGAAACCAGUUCAAAUACGGAAUAGACGAACAAUACAGAAAGAAAAUGUGAGAUAAAUGAACAGCUUCCAGACAAAUUGUCAGUUUUAGGUACGUCCACGAGACGUGCGCAAUCUCCGACCAAGUUCAGCUGAUUCUCAACACGGUCAUAGACAGUGUCGUCCAGGAUAACCUCAAAGACACGGGAAUGAUCUGA